CAGCGAAAUGGUGUCGUCUUACUUCUUCUAUCAGAAAAUUAGAAAAAAAAAAUUCUUAAAUAAACCGAAGAGUCCUCCACCAGAUAAGGCGAAGAAAUCUUCUUCAAUCUCUCGCUGACGGAUUUGUCCCAAUAUGAUUAUUUGCAUCGAACCAAACUUGGAUCAAAAAAGAAAAGAAAAGAAAAAUACUCAUUCCAAAAAUCGUCAAUGGCGGAAUUGCUGGAAUUAUUGGAGUGUCCGUGGUUUUUCCAUUGGAUUUGGUUAAGACGCGAUUGCAAAAUCAAGUUAUUGGACCAAAAGGAGAAAGGAUGUAUUCCUCGAUGUUGGACUGCUUCAGAAAAACGUAUCGAGCAGAAGGUUAUUUUGGAAUGUACAAAGGCUCAGCAGUAAAUAUUCUUUUAAUUACUCCGGAAAAAGCUAUUAAACUUGCAGCUAAUGAUAUGUUUCGACACUAUUUAACUCCUGCACCAGGGCAACCUCUUCCCCUAAUACGUGAAAUGAUUGCCGGAGGUUCCGCAGGAGCAUGUCAAAUUGUCAUUACAACGCCAAUGGAAUUACUUAAAAUUCAAAUGCAAGACGCAGGCAGAGUUGCAGCUGCUGCAAAAAGCGCUGGAAAGGAAGUACCAAAGAUAUCAGCGUGGUCGUUGACGAAAAGUUUAUUGAAAAAGAGAGGAAUUUUAGGACUUUAUCAAGGAACGGGAGCAACUGCACUUAGAGAUGUUACAUUUUCUGUUAUAUAUUUUCCACUUUUUGCGAAUCUUAAUGCUCUUGGACCAAAACGGGAGGAUGGGUCUUCUGUAUUUUGGUGUUCAUUCCUCUCAGGAUGUGCUGCUGGUUCUACAGCAGCAUUAGCUGUUAAUCCCUUUGACGUUAUAAAAACUAGACUUCAGGCGAUAAAUAAAGCUCCUGGUGAACCCACUUACAAUGGUGUCAUGGACUGCAUCGGUAAAACUUUGAAGAACGAAGGACCAACAGCGUUCUUCAAAGGCGGUGCCUGCAGAAUGAUAGUCAUCGCACCAUUAUUCGGAAUAGCACAAACUGUCUAUUACCUCGGAGUGGCCGAACAAUUAAUGGGUCUCAAGUAAAAUUUUUCCACCUUAUAGACGAAUUACUAAAGAACACAAUUUGCUAAGAAAACGACAAUAACUACCAAGUAUUUAGAAAAAUAUUAUCUACCAGCCAUUUCAUAAUUUCUGCGCAUUCAAUAAUUAUGGCUUCAGGAUAUGUAAUUUAUUUUAGUAUUUUUUUUAAUUUAUUAAAAUUCAUUUAACUUUAUUUAAAAAGAAUUUGUUUAAAAAUUCUUUUCAAGUAAAAUCAAAUUCUUCGAUAUUGAGAAAUUCUUUGGAUAUUCGGAACUAUUUAAUACAACGUAUUUCUAUAGUUUAAUUCAAAAAACUAUUUACUAACUUACAAAUUAAGAAAUUUUCUGUUAUUAUUUUUUAAAUAAUUUUAUUGAUCUUCCAUGUUAAUAUUUUUCCCUUUUUUAAUUUGAAAAUAAAAAAUUUAAUUAUUUCCAAAGGAAAAAAAGGGGAAAAUAUCACUGUAUUUCUUUGGUUUUUUCUUUUUUUUCAAUUUCCUGAAGCCAUUAGAAAAGAAUCGUAAAAGAUGGUCAAUUAAGAUCAUUGCUCGAUCUCUGAAAGUAAAUUUCUAUUGUCUCCAUCCGAUGAAAAAGAAGCUUUGUAUAAAUUAUGAAAGUUGUAAUAUGAAAAGUAUUUAUUUUUACCGAGGAACAAUUUAAUACUUAUGGCGCUUUAGAGCCAGUUUUUAGUAAUUUUUAUUCAGAUUUCUAUAUCUUCUUGAAUCUAGUUUAUAUUUACUGAUUUUCAUAUCAUCUAUAAUGCCAUAUCGCAAGAACAAAUUCUUGAAAUCAAAAAAUUUAACUCAAGAUCUAGUAAAAAAAAUAGUGACAAAAAUUGUAAAAUAGAAAAAAAUAUCAUAAAUCAAUUCUUCUGAAAUUGGAAAUUUUAUAUUUAUAGGAUUAAAUUAAUGUUAAUUUUGAUAAUUCAUUCAAAAUUUAGUUUAAACAAAUUUUAGGUGUAAAAAAUUAUUUAAUUUGAAUUGAUUAGAAUUUUUGGCAAAAGUUCCAAUUAUUGGAAUUUGGCUAAUUUUUUUGGCUUCUCUGCUUCUGCCUAAAAAGAACCAUUGUUUAUGGUUUUUGUAAUUAAGAGAGAUUGUACAUUUUAUUGUAAAACUCGACGUGUGCUAUUAUGAAAAUCGUAAAAAUGUUAUUAUAUAUAUUAUAUGUGAAUGUCAGAUGCAAAUGUAUGUCAAAGAAAAUCAAAAAUGUUGUUAAAUGACUUUAAUAGGCGGUCUACAAUUCACUGCCUUGUCUAUUGUUACUUAAAAAUAUAGAUGUUAAAAAGAAAA